CGAUUUUGUAUUUACAAAAAAAUUAAAUACAUUAAACGGUAAAUAACACAUUUAAUUGUAAUUUUACGCAUUGCGAACGUAGAGAAGAUACAUCAACUUUAACCCUUUCGAUUGCACACGCACAAUCUUGAAGAAAUAAAUACUUUCCCAAUUAUGUGGAAAACAAAUAUGUUGAAUAGUUUGGAUUUGACAGAGGAAAAUUAUCCUAAUAUUAUUUCCGGCUUUCCUAAUUUGACUUCAGUGAAAGAAGAAACUCCACGUUACAAUUGUAGUUUUUGCACCAAGACGUUCUGCAAUGAGACGGCUAUGCGAAAUCAUGAGAAUUUCGAUCAUCUACCACGAUCUUUAAAUGAUGACGCUGAACAAGCCAUUUCUCCUGCACAAAUAAAUGACCAGGGUGUCGAAGGACUACGCGGAUUUCAAUUCGUGCCAAGUAAUUUUACCGAUAACAAGGAAACAACUAUCGUCGAUGGACACAAGAGGUGUUAUUUUAAUGAAAAUACAAGUUACAUAUUAUUAAAAGUUGAAGGGGACGACAUGGAUCCAAACGCAUUGAAAGGAUACCGUCGCCCCGGUAUACUAAGACGCACUCAAAUUAAACAAGGAAGGCAGACUGUUGAUUUAAGAGGUCCUUUUACUUGCUCAGCAACAUUGGCCCUGCGACCAGACCUUCAAUGUCAGGAGAUGUUCUUCAAUUGUUGCGAGUACUCGCUACACUAUCGCGAAGAACAUACAAAAAGGCGAAAAGCGGCCUUGCGCUGCCAAGUCUGCGAGAAGAGUUUAUACAAAGAGUUUGACGAAAAGCCUGCAGGCUUACAAGAAACUCCGCCAAUGGCAUUUUCAUGUCGUAUUUGUGGGGAGAAUUUUAUGUCAAGUUCCGACCAAGAAGAGCAUAAUCGCAUCUUUCAUAUGAAGAUGAAGCCCCAUCAGUGUUCUAUCUGCGAUAAGAGAUUUACGCAACAGGGGGGUUUGCAGCAGCAUAUGCGUAUGCACACCGGGAUUCGUCCCUACGAGUGUACCUUCUGCCCGAAGGCGUUCACACAGAAAGCUGGCCUCGACCAGCAUAUCCGUACUCAUACGAAAGUGAAACCCUUCAAGUGUGUGAUCUGCAGCAAAUGUUUCUCGCAAUCAGUCCACCUUCGGCAGCAUAUGCGUACUCACACAAACAUUCAGCCUUUCGAGUGCCGAGUGUGCGGUCGCCGUUUCAAACAGAGCAGCCACCUCAAGUUUCAUAUGCGUUCGCACCUCGAUGACGGCGAUGUCGUCCUCGACGUGGAAACUUAUACACACGCUGUUCUGCCUCAGAGUCAGAUGGACUUUUUGAAUAUCGCCAACUUACAAGAAGUGCAAGAUGGCGAAACAAAGUAUUACGAAGCAAAGCUGAAUGAACCGGGUCCGCUUACAGCCGCGGACAUUCACGCUGCGCUAGUCUUACCAAACAACUAUUAAAUCUGCCAUAUGUAGUUGGAUCUUUACUAUGGAUAUUUCCUUAGUAAACAUUAAACUACACUGAGGUGGAUCGUUACUUUAUUUUUUACUAUGAAUUAGUUGUAAGGAAAGUUAUUGAAAAAUAUGUGUAUGCUGUUGUGCAUUCAUGUCAUCUAUAGUGUAUUUGAUCUACUUAUAUAUGUGUUGUAUAUUUUUGACAUUUUCCAUUUUAAAUUUCACUGCCAAAGAACCUGCAGAUAAAAAAUAUCGCCAUCCCUCUCAUACCUUUUCAAUAAAUAAGAGAAAAAAGUGUUAUUGUUCAUGUUAUAUAGCA